AUGGGCCCUACGAUUGAAGGGAGUGACAAUGAACCACGAGACGACGAGCUGGACUUGCGCGACCCUGGCUCCGAUGUCGAUGUCGGUGCUGAUGCUGAUAUAGAUGAGGAGCAUGAGAGUGAGCUCGUUGGUACGGGUGAAGAUGAAGAUGUGAUUGCGCUUGAAGGAGGGGACGGCCACGCACAAGAUGAUGAUUUGGGCUCCGUCUCGAGUAGUCGGGAUACGUCUGCGGCGGAAGCGGAGGUCUCGGGCUCGAUAUCUGAUGGCGGCGAGAGACGGCCGCGGCAGCGGUCAAGAGAGCGGGUACAUGACAGCGUUGAUGAUUUGGGAUCUAUACCGGAUGAUACGCCGUCAAUUCAGGGCUCAAUGGUCUCCUCACCCGGAAGCAGCGCAUUUGCGCAUCGCGGAUCAGCUUCAAACCUAAGCCCUGUACCCCACCGUCCAUUCGACCGCCGAUUCCAAUCUCGGCUCUCUGUCUCCUCGAUACCACCCAGCAAUCGCUCAGUCUCUCCGGCACUUAGCCUCGCACAUUCCCGUAACUCGUCUCUGGCAAGUCACCUUCGUUUUGACAGUAGUACGCCAGAUCUUCCAGAGGAGGAAUCGGAGCCGGCGCCGUGGGAAGUGAUUCGAUGGACUAAACUGAAGAAAAUAGCUGGCCAGGUAUUUUCUGAAGUUGGAAAGAGGAAUUUUGGCAGGCCUACAUGUAUUGCUGUGUCCACGUCGAUUGUGCUAGGAACAACCAAGGGUGUUAUCCUGGUUUUCGACUAUCAGCAGAAUCUAAAAGCCAUCAUUGGCCCAGGGACAAAAGCGGUCUCGUCGGGCUCAAUUACCUCACUUGCUAUAUCUGCGGACCACUCAACGCUCGCUGGAGGCCAUGCGGAUGGAACCAUUUUUACAUGGGAAAUUGCGCGGCCCGCGCGACCUUUUCUUCAUAUACCACCAAUACCCAAGGACCAACUCGAUUCACAUAGAGCUGAUGGCCAUGUUGCGGGGGUGUCGGUCAUUCACAUUGGCUUUUUAGGAACCAGGCACACUGCCCUAGUCUCUGCAGAUGACAGCGGAAUGGCUUUCUCACACCUUGCAACGAGAGGAAUGGGGGCUGUUGGACGAGUAGUAAGAACUACACGUAUUUUAGGCCGGUACCCUGAUUUCUCGCCGUCUGCUGUUGCCCGGAAACCCAGCUCCGUCCUCGCAUUUUCUCCUCUUCCUCUAGGAAACGUUGACCAACCAACUGACUCAUUAGGGCUGGUUGCAAUGCUUACCCCAUAUCUCUUGGUGAUUGUUUCCACCACUCCAGUUGCGAGAACUCAGUAUAAAUCCGGACGGCCGAAAGAACUUGCUGCGCAUAGUGCAUUGACGGCAACACUAGCGUGGUUCCCUGCGAUCAAACUAAAAGGGAAGGACUCAGAAGUUUCCAAGACGAAACUUGUGUACUGCUGGUCAAAUGUGCUCACCAUCCUGGAUGUUUAUGAAAACAAACAAGUAGACGAUGGCGACAAGGAUAGACCUGCCAGCCUGAGAUUUAAGCCACGAUGUAGGUGGCGGGCAGACGAGGCUAUUGUUGCUGUGCAAUGGAUAAGUCGUUCAGUCAUAGCUGUGAUGACCAUUACCCAGCAGCUUCUUAUACUGGAAGACAACUCCCUCCGCGUCACCGAUUCAUCAGAUUUGAUACAUAAACAUAUUUACCACGUUGACCUGUUUUCAAGGCAGCUCCAUACGCUUGUCGAACAACUCAACGAUGAUGACGAUGACAAUAGCGAACAAGACCAAUCCAUGCACGGCGUGAUUGCUGAUGCGUUCUAUAUGAGCUUUCGAGCAUAUAAGGGCCGCCUGUUCUUUCUUGGGUUCAAUGAUAUAUGUGUGGGUAGCCUGUCGAACUGGGCCGAUAGAUUACUAGCAUUGGUUGAAAGCGGUGAUUUUAUUGGGGCCAUUCGACUUGCUACGUCCUUUUAUACAGGCCGUUCUGAGAAACUAACUGUAGGGCUCCCUGAAGAAGAUGAAUUACGACACCAGGUCGUACGGGAGAAAUUGCUUGAAAUGAUGUCCGCAUCUCUCCGGUUCGCCUUUGGGAAGAAUGCCGAGUCAGAUAUCGAGCGUCUUCAAAAGUCACAGCUAAGUGACUUGGCUGAUGCAUGUAUAUUUGCUUGUGAGGCUAUGGACAAUCACGAGUUCUUAUUCGAAGAAGUCUACGCCUGGUACGAGGAAUAUGAAGCCUACGGGGUUUUUAUGGACGCCCUGGAACCGUAUAUCAUCAAGGGCAGUGUGCGGGCCCUCCCGCCAACAGCCGUAAAGUCCUUGAUAACUCACUUCGUAACAACACAUACCGCCAGCCGACUUGAAGAGAUCAUCUGCCUCCUUGAAACAGACACUAUGGACAUAGACCAAGUGACGACCUUAUGCAAAAAGCAUAAUCUUUAUGAUGCAUUCAUCUACGUCUGGAACUGUGCUUUGCACGACUAUAUCAGUCCUCUUCAGGAAUUACUUAAUCUCGUACGCAAACACAAAGCACAGUCAUCAAGUGCUGAUAAAGAUCCAGAGGUAAUAGCAAAGGACCAUGUCAAUGCAUCGAAGAUGUUUCCCUACCUCUCCUACAUUCUUACCUCUCGUGUUUACCCAACCGGAGAUGAACUGGGAGAACAUGAAGCUUUACCCGCGAAAAGCGAGAUUUAUAAGUUCUUAUUUUCAGGGAAGUCGGGCCGUGGCGAUGGACGGAUGAAUGGCGCGCCCCCUUUCCAAAGUCUUCGAAUGAUGCUCGAAUUUGACACACCAAGUUUCAUGAGCAUGUUAAACGAGGCUUUUGAGGACAGCUUUCUCAACGACCCCGUUGAUCAGUGGAAUAAUGGCGAGCCAGCAAAAUCCGCAGAUGGCUCGUCUAUGAAUCGUCAAUACUUACUAAGGAUCCUCCUUGAAGUCAUGGACUCGAAUUCUUCCAACUUUGGCACUAGUGAUACUAUCUACCUUGACAUGUUUAUUGCUCGAAAUCUCCCCAAAUACCCCCAAUAUAUACUUCUCUCUGGUUCAACUUUACAACAAGUCCUGGUUAGGCUUUGCCAGUAUCCCAGUAUGGAAAUGCUUGAUGAUUGUCAACUGUCCGCAGAAUAUCUAUUAUCAACUUACCAUCCUCCUGAUAUCCAAGCCUUGAUCCCCUUGUUCGAGGAGGCAAAGUUUUUCCGAAUUUUAAAAGCAACACAUAGGGCCGAGAAAAGAUAUUCGGAUUUGUUGCGAACAUAUAUAGCAGACCCGGAAGAUCAACAACAUGUGUUUGUCUGCAUUCGUGACUGUUUGCGGCCAAGUUCUUCCCUUACCAAGAAGCAGCGUCGAGGGCUCCUGACCACGAUGGAAGAAUCUGCAAAGGAACUGGCUUCAAUAAAUAUCUAUGAGACGGCGCAUACAGUUCAAUCAUUGGCUCCUGAGUUACACAGCAAAUUCCUCCAAGCAUUACAAAACGAUUCUGCCAGCCAAUACGAAUAUUUGCAUACAAUUAUUGAGGAUGAGCAAGGAUCUAAAACUGAUGCCAGGCCCGUGGAUACUGUUAGCCAUGAGCUUAUCGAGAAGUAUCUCCAAUUGAUGUGUCAAUAUAACCCUUCGCACGUCGCUGAUUUUAUCAAUUUGAUAAAGGCGGGGGAUCUUCAGCUAGAAGCGGUUCUCCCUUACAUUGAGGACAGUGGCAUUGUGGACGCUGCGGUAAUUCUUCUUGCAAAGCAAGGGGAAGUCACUAAUGCUAUGGAGAGGUUGACAAGACACCUCUCAACAUUAGAAGCCGGACUAUCCGGACUUUUGCAGAAUGCUGACGACACCCCUGACUCAGCAAAUGCGGCCGAGGCUGUGACUGACUUGAUCCUCUCUGUUGAGAAAUACACGCGUGUUGGCACAUGGCUUUGCCAAGAACAGAGCAAGGUCGCAAGAAGAGUCCAUGAAGGGGGCACAUUCAAUAAAAGGGGAAGCUCUGUCUUUGAACAACCUUUGACAUACGAUGAGAAUUUGUGGCUUGUCCUUAUUGAAGCUGUUGUGAAGAUUGCUCAACAGAUUUCUCCUCUAUUAAGACGCGGGCUGCUUGAAGACAAUACCAAGGAGUCGAGGGAAGCUUGGCAAGUGGAGGCUGACGAGGAUGACGAGGACGCCAAUCAGCCUGGCCAUUUAUCAUCAUCCUUCAAGUCCCUAGUUCAACAAGUUUUCACCUCCUUACUGACGAGUACCACCAAGGCUAGACAUGCGCCACAUCAAAAGACGGACGUAUCAUUCCUUCGCAUUCUUCGUGCAUUCCUCACUCGGGCUGCUGCGGCAUCUCCAUCACUGUCCGAGCUUCGAACUGUGAUUGGCUCCAUAUUUUCUGCGUAUACCUAUGAAGAGUCCCUGCUAUCUCUUGCUAACACGAUGCUUGACAAGGACUUAUUCGUACAUGUGGAUGAAAUCACUAAGCUUCGACAAAAAGGCUGGAGGCCGCGAGGUCAAGUCUGUGAGGUAUGCAGACGGCGCGUGUGGGGCCCCGGUACUGGGACAUACAUAUGGGAUGCCUGGGAAAAUGAAUGGGACCAACAACGGAGGCGGAGACGGAAUCGGCUCGCAGAUAGGGAUAGGGACGAUGAAAUAAACACAAACGUCUCUUCAAGGAGUAAAGGCAAAGGGGUUGCUGUUCCUUCGGUUCCCCCAUCUAACCUAUCGCACGACGAACCCUCGCAGAGAGAAACAACGACCACAAUGACCCCUGAUUUCAGCAGUAGUACAAAAGUCAAUGGAAGAGGGCUGGGUGAAUCUUCCGCAGGUGCUACUCUGGCCGCGCCCAUGGACCUUGGCCCGCUUAUUGUAUUCGGGUGCAGACACUUAUAUCAUCAGUCCUGUCUCACUGAGGCUGUGGCUCAGCAAUGCGUUGGCGAUGAUGCAUCCUCCCCUGUUGCUUCUGAGUCAACGUUUCAUCAUCGAGUUCACAACCGGGCGGGGCCUCGGCAAUUUUCGUGUUUGCUGUGUAAAUAG